CGAGCAGUGUUGACUUAAACGCUUUACCAAGUAGACACACUGACAAGUGUCUUUAAUAAAACUACUUUAUAUAUAUUUAUUUUACAUAGAUAUAGAUAUAUAUUUUCCUAUAUAUUUAAUAAAUAUUCCGAUAGUUCAAUUGCUUCAUUCAGUAGCUCUAUGACAUGUGCAAGAGUGUCAUGAAUAUAUUCAUAAAAUUUAAGUGAUCAAAUUAUUUUAAAUAUGAGGUUUCAUAUUAUUUUUAUAUUUAUUUUUUUCCUGGAAAUUGUUUACGGAAUUUAUGAUCCAGCAUUAACGACAACAAAACCACCAAAGCGCCGAGAAUCUUUGCCUUGGUAUUUGUCAGGUGAAGAUUCCGUACCACCCGCGGAAUUCAUCCUGCCCCCUAGAGAACCGGAAACCCAGACACUGAGUAAUCUGCCCGGUGGUAAAACUCAGAGCAAUUGGCGUAAGAAUUCCGCAAGUGAUAUUGAACAGCGAACUGAACUUUCAUAUAAUAAUUAUUUAAAUUACGACAAAGCUCACAGAUUUAACGAUCAAGAGACGCAGCCUGCAAUUAACGAUGGCAGUAAAAUUCAAAAUAAAUUUUCAUCUUACAAUUUAAAUGGUAAUUUGUACGACCGAAAUUUGGCUGAAAGUAAAUCGAAAGAUGUCAAAGGAAGUGUUAAAAAUAUAUAUAUAAAUAAGAAUAAAAUACUUGUACCGGAGCAGAGUCUCUAUGAAGGAGUAACCGACGAUUUAAAUAAACCACGUAAGGAAGCGAUAGUUAGAUCUGAAGGUGAAUUUUCAAACGUAGCCAAGUAUGAUCGUGUGGUAGGAGUUGAGUGUCCGUAUCCGGAAGCGACUGGCCAGUUUAUUUAUCCAGUCGAUUGUAAUUUCUUUGUGAAUUGUUGGAAGGGACGUGCUUUUAUUCAGCCGUGCGCACCUGGAACUAGAUUCAAUCCCGAAACCCUCGAGUGCGAUUUUCCCCACAAAGUUAAGUGCUACGGUGGAGAGUUGGCUGACUUUGUUGGAUCGGAUUACUCCCAACCGGAAAUUCCAGGAGCACGAGAGCCUUUGUCUGAUAAAUAUUCUACACUAAUUACUGCUGAAUUUAAUAGAUAUGAACCGAAAUGUCCGGAACAAAUGACUGGUUAUCUACCGCAUCCGAAUGACUGUAAAAAAUUUCUUCAAUGCGUCAAUGGGAGAGCGAUAAUUAAAAACUGCGGCACUGGGUCAGUAUUCAAUCCUAUAAAUGGUCUCUGUGAUUGGCCUAAGAAUGUAUGGGGGUGCGAAAAUGUCAUCGAAGAAACCCAAGACCCACCGUCUCUGUAUUUGUCUCCGCCGCGAUCCUCACCAAUGUCGUCACCCCUCAGAGAUAGUUCGUCAAGUUAUGCAGUUCCAAAUAAUCAAAAUACUUGGAGACCAAUACCAGCUCGACAACAAGUGAUUCAACCGGUAGUUUGUCCGCGCGAUUUCUCGGGACUCCUGAAGCAUCCCACGGAUUGUGGUAAAUUUUUACAAUGCGAUCAUGGAUCAACUUUCAUAAUGGAUUGCGGCCCGGGAACUGUUUUUAAUCCCAGUGUCAGUGUCUGCGAUUGGCCGUACAAUGUACCAGGCUGUGAUAAAACAACCGGAAGUAACGGAGCACGUGAGGGCCGUAUACAAGAGUCAGAUUCUUGGAAUAGUGCUCAAGGAAAUUUGAACAAUGGAUUCAGUCAAAAUCGUCCGAGUUAUAAUCAAAAUAAUCGUCCUUGUUCAUAUCCGGGUUGUUCGAAUCCAGGACAGGGUCAAGUACAAGGUCAAGGAUAUGGACAAGGAAGAUUUCCACCAAGACAACCAAGUCAUCAAAAUUACCCACCAGUUAUUGACAACAGACCACCUGCAAGAACAAAUUCUUAUAAUCCGUCACAAAAUACACCAAAUAUUUAUCAAAAUCACCCUAAUCAUGAUAUUUAUAAUAAGCCAAGAGAGUUGCCGCCAUAUCAAGGCAACAUUUAUGUUGAAGCAAACAGAGGAAAUUCCCCAAGUCCUGGUAAUAACCAAUGGAAACCCAUUACGGAUAACCAAUGGAACAAACCAACUUGGAGACCUAUUUAUUCUGACUCAACAACAAAGCCCACUGUAUUGAAUGGCCACGGAUAUGGAUAUGAACCUUCUAACAGAUUUACUCCUGGCCGGUGGCCUGAUGGAAGCGCGUCGCCAAAUCCAACCAAUCAAGGACUUCCAAUAAGUUUGACGGAUCAGCUCAACUACCGACCGCCAAUACCAGAUAAUUCAAAGACGGAUCCCUGGUCAAGUAAUGCAGGUAUUUAUAAUCAAGCUAAAGGUCAGCCGUCAGCCACUCCAUCUACGCAGUCAAAGUCACCUGGAGUUUACGUCAACAUAAAUGGGACUCGUGUCUACGGGCAUUAUAUUUUGAAGAGUGAUUCAAAUGCUACAAAUACGAAUAAAAAAUCACCUAAUUUCGGUUACGGUGCGAAGGGUUAUAAUAAUACAAAUAUUAAUGCAUCUAAAUGGAAGCCUGGUAAUAAUUCAUACCCAGACAUUCAUCCUCAUUCGACCAGUCAGUCGAAUCCUACGAACCAUUACCAGCAAAACAACCCGUCAUGGAAGCCCAUUAAGCACAAUAAUAAGACGCAAUAUACCGUGAACAACCACUUUAAUCAGUCUCACAUCGGGUGGAAGCCUGAGAACAAAACAAACAUCGAUUUAUACAACCAUAAGACGCGUAUUCCACCCACGAGUACAUCGAAGCCGGUUCAUCCUCACGAAGAACCCGACGAUGUCGGUAAUUAUAAUAUUCGCAAUGAAAGCCCUGGUACUACAACUGAUGCUUUUAUUCCGUCUUAUUCUGCGCCUGUUACUCCUCCGACAAAUAGACAAGAGAGAAUUUUACCUGACGGUUUAUCAGAGCCUUGGGAAAAGCCGGAUACAAAUGCGCCGACGGUAUCGAUUGAUGAAGACAACAUUAAUUACGGGUACGACGACGAGCUGGGUUAUGAAAAUAAAAUAAAUUCAGUGUCUGUUGAACCCAGCAUCGAUAGAUAUGAUGUCGAUGUCCUGGAUAUCGACACGUGGAAGCCGAAAGUUGUAAAUAAGAGCAAAAAUAAAACCACCACUGAGAGUACCAGCAGCGUAAUGAAGAUUGAUGUAAAGACCGUGGAUCUAGAUAUUUUUAAUGCUGAAUCUGCGCCUUGGAAGCAAAUCGAGAGGGCCUUCCCGGUUUAUUAUGUUCCGCCUGUUCACUCACUCGGUCAUACGGACACGAAAUUAAUUACUCCUUUAUCCGGCCAGAUUUUAAGACUGCGAGGCGGAUCCAGUAACAGAGACGGAUACGUUGAAGUUCAAGGUAUCGAACCUGGAUGGGGACUUAUCUGUGAUACUAAAUUUGGAUGGACUUUAAAAGAAGCCAAUUUAGUGUGUCGUCAACUCGGAUUUACUAGAGGCGCGGAAACAGCUUGGCAAGGACGAACUAAAAAGGAUGAUACACCAGAGUGGGUUGCCGCGACGAGUGUCCAAUGUCAGGGGAACGAGACUAAUUUCCAGACAUGUAAAUUUACUCACGGAAGUGAGUGCGACAUUGAACGGGACGCAGUCGGAGUGAGUUGUCUGCCUAAUCGAGUUGCUUAUUGUCGAGGUGAUGAGACACCCCAUGACGGGAACUGCUACCACCUCGCAGACUCAAGCUCGGGAUUAAAUCACGCCGAGGCAUUGAAAUACUGCGCCUCGAAGAAUGCCAGACUCGUUGACAUCACGAGUCAGGGCGAAAAUAAUUUUAUUUCCGAGUGGUUGAUUCAAAGUCACCCGGAUAUCGAGUCAAUUAUGACCUCGGGAAUUGGGUUUACGACUUUUAAUCGGUCUAUUUGGUUGUGGGAAGACUCAGCCAAAGCUAAAUUCAAAUUUUCGAAAUGGUGGCCUGGGUGGAAAGAUGAGAAAAAAAUCCCACCGUGGGCGGGGUCAAGACCCGUUUGUAUAGUAAUGAAAAAAAAAUAUCCUUGUUACAAUAAUCCUGACUCCACGUGCAUGUCUGAUUACUUUUUCUGGGACAUUGAAGACUGCGCGGCCUCCAUGAAGGGCCACGCUUAUGUUUGUAAAAGACCUUAUGAUGACAUAAGUUGUGUUUACGGUAAAGGACAUCAGUAUCUAGGUAAAGCCAGCGUUGCGGCUUCGGGUAAACCUUGUUUGCCCUGGAACCAUACAUCCGUGGCUUAUCCUCUUCUUGUAAACGUCUUGGAUCGCGGGGUCAGAGAAAAAUUGAAGACUCAUAAUUACUGCAGAAAUCCGAACCCUAUGAAAGACUCGAAGCCUUGGUGCUUUACUGGAGUGUCUGGAGAACAAGAAUAUUGUGACAUUCCUUCUUGCGGUCAUAUCGGCACAGUAAGGUCUCCAGUAGGCGGGACAUGUAAAGAAGGACAUUUUGAAUGCUUACCUGAGGAAUGUAUUCCGUCUCAUUGGGUCUGUGAUGGCGAAGCUGAUUGUACGAAUGGUAGAGAUGAGCUCUUGUGUUCCGAGCACCUAGAUUUCUUUAAACGGACCCCAGACCACCGACUUUCUGGCCACGAUGUAGAAAAAUGGCUCAACACUCCACCAAAGACUUGUGCUUUGCGUUGCAAAGAAGCUAAAUUUACUUGCCGCUCGUUUUCUCACAAGAUAAAUGAAAAUUUAUGUUUGCUGAGUGACAGUAAUAUCGGAGCCACUGGAGCGUUAGAAGCCGUCACAGGUUUCGAUUAUUACGAGAUGAUUGAUCUGAGCGUUGAUUGCACGGGCAUGUUCGUUUGCAAUAAUAAAAAGUGUAUCAAUCAAACACAAGUAUGUGAUGGUAAAAAUGACUGCAAUGAUCGCUCUGAUGAAAGCACUUGUAAGCCAGAAAAAUUGGAUUACGGAAUACGGCUGAGUGGUUCGGAAAAUGAACACGAAGGUCGUGUUGAAGUUAAAAUAAUGGGUCUCUGGGGACAAGUUUGUGAUGACGGUUUCGGUAUGAUUGACGCUGACGUUAUUUGCCGGGAGAUAGGAUUCGAAUUGGGAGCUUUAGAAAUUCGCCCGGGAGGAUUUUUUGGUAACAUGGAUCCGCCGACGCGGUUUAUGGUAGACCAGUUGAAGUGCAGAGGCAACGAAACUUCUCUAAGGGAGUGUGACUUUGACGGAUGGGGAGUCCACGAUUGCUCGCCUGAAGAAGCCGUCGGUGUCGUCUGCAAAACGGCCGUCGACACCUGCCCCGAGGGAAACUGGAAGUGUGACACCAGUCCCGUUUGCAUUCCCACUCCCUUUAUUUGCGACGAAGUCGUUGAUUGUCCUGAUUCUUCCGACGAAAGUUCUGCUCACUGUGAUGCGCCAUUCGAAGUACGGUUAGUUAACGGAACUAAUCCAUCCGAGGGUCGUGUGGAAAUUCGCCAUCACGGUGUAUGGGGUACCAUCUGCGAUGAUGAUUUCAGUCACGCCGCUGCCAAAGUCAUUUGCCGAUCACUGGGUUUCGGCGGCUCCGCAAUCGCUAAAAAAGAUGCGUUCUUUGGAUCCGGCGAAGGCCCGAUUUGGCUUGACGAAGUAUUCUGCUACGGAAAUGAAACACAAAUUCAUCGAUGCGAGCACAGCCCAUGGGGUCGAAGUAAUUGCAAUCAUGAAGAAGACGUUGGAGUAAUUUGCCAAGACGUUUCAGUAAAUAUCGAAGAGGACGAUAUUAACCGCGUGGUUACGGAGAUAAAUAUCAAUGACAUUCUGCCGAGUAAUUGCGGAAAACGGGCAGAAGAUUUUAAUAAUGAAGAGGAAAUAUUUGCUAAAGUUGUUUACGGUUCAUUGGCCCCGAAAGACUCGUAUCCGUGGCAGGCAAGUAUACGAGUACGGGGUCACAGCAGGUCAAAUCAUUGGUGCGGUGCAGUCGUUAUCUCUCCUUUGCAUGUCUUGACAGCGGCCCAUUGUCUCGAGGGCUACAACAAGGGUACUUAUUUUGUUCGCGCUGGAGAUUACAAUACUGAGAUAGAGGAAGGCACCGAGGCAGAGGCAAAUAUAGAAGAUUAUUACAUUCACGAGGAAUUCCGCAAGGGUCAUCGUAUGAACAAUGACAUUGCUUUGGUGUUAUUGAAAGGUCGUGGUAUUCCACUCGGUAAGCACAUAAUGCCAAUUUGUCUGCCACCGAGAAACGCAGAAUAUUCUGAUGGGUUGAACUGUACGAUCAGUGGGUUCGGGAGCAUCGAGACUGGAAAAUCUGCGCACUCGAGAGAUUUGCGUUUCGGAUGGAUUCCACUGAUUGACCAAAAUAUUUGCCGUGCAGACUAUGUUUACGGUGAAGGCGCUAUAAGUGAUGGUAUGAUGUGUGCAGGAUAUUUAAAUGAAGGUGUAGAUGCUUGCGAUGGAGAUUCCGGCGGACCACUUGCAUGUCAUCAUAAUGGCGUGUUCACCCUUUACGGCAUCACCAGCUGGGGUCAGCAUUGCGGGAAAGCAAACAAGCCCGGAGUUUACGUACGUAUUGCUCAUUACCGAGAUUGGAUCGAUAGAAAAAUACGAGACUCGUUAUCUGGGAGGUAGACCAUGCACGACUGCAACUUAAACUUCCGAGUUGGUUUUUUAUUUAAAGCCGCAUCAUGGAAACAAGGAUACUUUAGGUUCUAUCGAUAAUUAAUAGACAUAAAAAUAAAUAAAUAAUUUAUGUGAAACAUUUAUUUUUAAGUUUCUAUUUAAGUUUUUAUUUCAUUCUCUCGUUUCUUUUUCUACAAUAAUUUUAGUUGUUCUUUAUCAUUAAUUCAUUUUAAUUUUUCUUAUAUAUAUAUUUAUAUAAUAUCAUAAUAAUAAUAUAUAACGAAAAAGUAUAUAUGUACAAGUCCCAACGUAUUCGGUCGUAAUACAGCGCAAGUAAAAACAUUAUUAUUGUAAAUUGACAUAUUUACACUGAGGACGGGUUUAAAACGUAAAAAGUUUUAUAAUUAUUAUUAUUAUUAUUAUUAUUAUAAUUAUUAAUAUUAUUUAUGUUUUACAAACAUACAGUCAUAUAUAUUUUUAGUGCAUGAAUGUGUCGUGCGAACAUUUUUAUUUCAAUUGAUACAAAUAUUUGAACACAACUUAAAAUUUUUCGUAUAAAUAAUUACGACUUUUCUCACUUUUAGACACAGGAAAAAUCAUGAUCGAUACGUGGUAAUAUAUAUUUGUAUAUAUAUUAUGAUUGGUUGAGUUACUCGCGUGUCUAAAAAUGAAAACAAAUUUUUUUUUUCGUUUAUGUGUUUGUAUAUAUAAAUGUAAAUGUAUAUAGAUUAUUCCAUUUAUCGGCAACUGUAUGAGGUGUUUUUAUUAAAAGUUUCUGUCCAUAUAACUCUCAACGAUAUCAUUUUCCCGAUGAGAUAUAAAUAACAACAUCCAUAAUGUAUAUAAUAAUGUUUAUUUGUACGUGCAAACGAACAAUUUAUAUUUUCAAAUUUUAAAUCGUUAAUAUUUAAACACUUUGUAUUUAUUUAUUUUUUUUUUUUUAAAUAGAUUAGUUUCACUCACGUGGAAUGUGGGGUAAAAUAUUACACAGAAAAAAAUUAUUUUCUGACGUAAGAAAAAUUUUGCACCAUUACUUCAAGACAAAAACUUUCUUAGGACUGAAAAAAAUUUCUCUCCUCGAAAAAUUUUUUUUUUCA